GCUUUAGUAAGGAUUUGCCUACUGUAUAUAUCGGAUGUUGUUGGAUAGAUGGUAUCAACAGCUGCUGAUGUAGUUUCCUGUGGGUUUGCCUCAGUUCUCUCUUGUGGUUAAAAACUGAAAACAACAUUUAGAAAGGAAAGCUCAAAGAUGGGGGACAACAUGGAUUUCUCAGAGCAUUAUGGGAAUUUCUUAGAGAAUUAUGUCACAGAAGCUUAUGGGGAGUUUGACUUGUAUUAUGACCCGUUACAUGAAACCUCUCUGUCAGAACAAGGGCAUCGAUCCAUAUGGGUGCUGUCCAUAGUUCUCUGCAGCAUUGCCUGUGUCCUCGGUAUCCCAGGCAAUGCCUUUGUCAUCUGGAUAGCUGGAGUGAAGAUGAAGAGGACAGUCAACACUGUCUGGUUUGUAAACCUGGCUGCAGCAGACCUUCUCUGCUGUGUCUCCAUACCCUUCUCCAUAGCUGACAUCAUACUGAACUCUCACUGGCCUUAUGGAGAGGCUAUGUGUAAGAUUCUUCCAUCCAUGGUCGUACUCAACAUGUUCGCCAGUGUUUUCACACUGGUUUUCAUCAGCCUGGACCGCUUUGCCCUGGUCAUCCUGCCUGUCUGGGCCCAGAACCACCGGAGCAUCACCCUGGCCUGGCUGCUCUGUGGUCUGGUCUGGGUCCUGGCCCUGCUCCUCAGCCUCCCCUCUAUGAUCUACAGAGAAAUUGUAGUCCAUGAUGAUAUGAACAUAACACUGUGCAUCUAUAACCACCUACAAGACAAAACUGAGGGCAACCAGUCGGCUAUCAAAGCCACCCACAUCACCAGGCUUAUACUUGGCUUCCUCAUCCCCCUACUGGUCAUCGCUGUCUGCUACCUGCUGAUCGGUAGGAGGGUGAGCAGCGGCCGCUUUAAAUCCCAGAGGGCCUUCCAGAUAAUUUUGGUUGUGGUGACGGCAUUCUUUGUGUGUUGGCUGCCUUAUCAUGUCAUUGGACUGGUGAUCGAGUAUGGCAAGGAAGCCUCGCAGGUCAUGGCCAGGGCUCUAGACCCCCUGGCCAUCUCUCUGGCUUACGUCAACAGCUGUCUCAACCCUGUCCUGUAUGUGUUCAUGGGUCAGGACUUCAAGGAGAGGGUCAGGGUUUCUCUACGUAAAAUAUUUGAGAAGGUCUUCAGUGAGGAUAUGACUCUGCGUUCCUCUGUGUACUCCAAGGGACAGUCACAGCUCUCAAGGGCCACCAACUCGUCUGAGGCUCAGGUCUGAGUCAGAAAUGUCUCAGACCUAAAAUGAGUAAUCUGAUAUAUAAAACAUUUUAUAAGCAAUUAAGAAAUCAGACUUUGACAGUAACAAAAUAGGUUUUAAAGUUCAGUCCAUCCAUGCCUGAUUUGAAAUGUUACAUGUAUGGUUUGGUGUAAAGCUGUUGGGUUUUUGUUUGAAAUUUGUCCUAUAAACUCUCAUCUAUUACACUUAUGUUUUUCUUAUCAGUGUAGUUAUAAUGGGGUGUGGAGGAAGGAAGUACCACCACUGUAGAUUACUCUGAAGACAUACCAAAUGAAAAAAGUUUUAGUCACCCACCCAUCUUACACCUUCAUGUAGCACUACAUCUAUCAUUUAAAAAAACAAACCAAUAAAUAUCAACUGGGGCUGGUUGGUGUAGUUGGUCUCCCGAGUGGUGCAGUGGUCUAAGGCUCUAAGGUUCGAAUCUAGGCUGUAUCACAUCCGGCUGUGAUUGGAAUUCUCAUAGGGCGCAAUUGGCCCAGCAUCGUCUGGGUUUGGCCGGGGUAGGCUGUCAUUGUAAAUAAGAAUUUGUUCUUAACUGACUUACCUAGUUAAAGGUUAAAUAAAAGUCUCUAGAUAUGCACCACAAUGUGGUUAAGAGCUUCGAGAAGCACCAUAAUUAAACUUGACUAACCCCAUAUGCUGCCAGUGUAGUUGUCCGUGGAACUGAAUAUAUCGAAAUGUUCAUUUUCAUGUGUCAGAACAAUCAGAAUACCCUUUUGCUGACAGGCCUACUCAGAGCUAUCUCCUGUUGUGUAUGUGAUGACUUUCAUUGGGUGGGAUGGAGUUUAAUUGGAACAGGAGGAAGUGAACUAUUAGCUGAUCCUCUGCUGGGAAACUGAAACUUAUAUUUCACCCUGAGUUCCCUUUUUAUCUUGCCUGUGUUUACAUUCCUCCUAAUGGAUGUAGGAGCUAUAUAAAUAGAAUGACGAGAAUGAACAAAUCCCCUCAGACCACAACAAUGUGAAAGUACACUUAAGGGAAUGUCCGUUCCAGUAAUUAUCUUUCUGUAUUUAAACUUGGAAUCUGCCUUCUAUGUCCUGUAUGACUAUCAUCGGCCAAUGCUGUAGUGUAUUGAUGUGGACAAUAAUUACACUUAAAUGUUAUACCAUCCAUCUGUUGCAUAUUUUAUCAAAUAAAUCAAUUCUAUUUGGUCA